CUUCCGUGUCCUUUUGGUUUUCAUCUCCGUCUUUCUUUCCUUUGCCUCUCGUAGGAGCUUCUCCGUGUGGAUUGCAUACCUUUCCACUUGUGUGAGGCUUCCGGUGUCCCAGGUGAUACAUGUUGUUUGACUAUAGCGGCAAUUUCUGGUUUCAUGCCGUUCAUAAAGCUGUUUCUGAGAUGUGCCUCCCAUCUGCCAGAGCGUCGGGGUUCUCCAAGCCUGAGUGUGUGUCAUGGAUCUCGGUGAGCCUGAACAGGUACUGUGAUACAGUCUCUGAGUCUUGUUGUUUACACUUUGCUUUUUUUUGUCAUGUCCAGUCGCACAGGAAAGGUGUUCGUCAGCCUCUGCUGGAGUGCCGUGAUUUGUGCUCUGUACCUUGCGUUGACUCCAGCAUCCCACUGUGGGCAAGUGUCGCUAUGAGCAGUCGUCGUAGUUCAUGAGUGGUGGGUCUGAAUUCUCUGCAGAAUAUCUGAAGUUCAUCCCCAAACUUUCGUCCUCCUACUUCACGGAGCGACGGCAGAUGCGUCAUGCUGCUCCUGAUGUCUUCCAAUGUCCAGGGUCUGUGAACUAGCAUAGGCUCGGUUCUGACAGGUUCGGAUAGAGUGGCGUAGGCUGGACUGCUUCAUCGUGAGGAGGUGCAGGUUCCUCCCUCCUUACUGACUGUGGGCGUCACCGUGGUGCGGAGUCCAGGUCGGGAUCGGCUUUCUGCUAUUUAGCACACUGAGAAACAGGUGAGGGCCCUGCCUGACAUUUUUCCUCUCUUUUAUGUGCCUUGCUCUGCCAUUCAGCAAAUGCCUUCCAGUCAGCCAAAAACUGUGCCUCUUUUUUUUUUUUUACUUGUAGGAACAUCUCUCUUCUCUGCUUCCAAAUUAAAUUUCUCUCAUUCUAACUGUCUGAGACUAAUUCUACCUUUUUCUAGGAAAGCGCAUUCUUUAACCCAUACAUCAUAUUGGUUCAAACAUCCUUCCCCAUAAUUCACACGCAUAAAUGUGAUAUUAGGACCAACAUAUGAACACCCUGUACAUAACAUAGCAUGUGUCACAGGAAGUGCUUUGCUACAUGUUUUUCCCAUAUUUUUCUUUUCUUUUUUUUUUUUUUUACACCUUCUAUAACUUUCAAAGUUUUAAUCAAUUUACCCUGCUAUGAAAAUCAAGUGAAUAUGCAUUCUCAUGCACAGACAGAAAAGGUUCAAAAUGUGUGCCAAAUCUCUAGACAUUCAAUUAAUCAUAUAACCUAUAGGUUCAAUAGAGCAAACCUUAAGAAUGUAAAAGAGUUUACCUGUGAGGGCGAGUCCACAUACAGCAGUUUGGUAGGACUUAGUUUUCUCUUCCCUUUUUAUUUAUUUAUUUAUUUAUUUAUUUAUUACUAUUUUAUUUUUUUUAUCUCAGUAAAAUUUACUUGUGCAUUAAAUUUGCCAAAUAUAUCAUGUACCGCUGGUAUGAUGGAAUGAGUCAAUGGGGCAUGCCACUUGAUGAUAACCUGCCGCAAAAAUACUGCACCUCUUGCGCUUCUUAAUAAGUACUCUCUUUACUUAUUUAUUCCUCCAAACUGGCUCUUUCAGUUAGCAAAUAUUUUUACCAUUAUCUCUCUCUCUCUCUCUCUCUCUCUCUCUAAUAUAUAUAUAUAUAUAUAUACCCGUCGGUAUAUAUCUUAGUUUUGAAGCUGUGAUUUAAGAAACACCAAUCUCUCUGCCGUCGCAGAGGCGAAGUUCCUGGAACUUCUUAUAAGAUGUCGCUCCAUGUAAUACUUCUCUCAAUGUAAUACACACAUUUCUUAUAUCCUUGACUCCCUUCCAUACACACAGCAAUACACUAUGACAGCAAUACUCUAUGACAGCAAUACACUAUGACAGCGGUACACUAUGACUUCAUAAAAUUCUAAAUUCUAAAUUCUAAAAUAGUAAUAGUAUCUGCUUCAUUUGGGGCCUGCAUCACACCACCCUGUUGUUGAUUGGAUUUAUUUCCUAUAACGCUGUGUGGUUUUAUUGCUUACAUAAUUAUCUUUCCUAAUUCCUAAGGCGACGACGCAGUAAACAUGGAGGUCUUUGUUGUGUCGCCGUUUUCAAGGUUUAUUCACGGUACCGUUCCACACGAGUCGACUGUCAACGACCUGAUAGGACUGUUUAACCCCGGAGAGGGCAUCUCGUGUGUGGACUUCUACGUGAAGAACAAUGGUCGAAUAUCAGCUGGUGAUGAGAGACUGCAAGCUGGAGCGGUUUAUCGCCUCGAGCCUCGCUUAUGUGGCGGCAAAGGAGGUUUCGGCUCCAUGCUGCGAGCUCUCGGGGCGCAGAUCAAGAAAACCACCAACCGAGAGGCCUGCAGAGAUCUGAGUGGGUGCAGACUCCGAGAUGUCAAUCACGAAAAAGAAAUGGCGGAGUGGCUGAAAAAGCAGGCCGACCAUGACGCGGAGAAGAAACAACGGCGCUUGGAGCGGAUUCAGAGGAAACUGGCCGAGCCCAAACACCGUUUCAUGGACACCAAGUACGAGCAGCAGUGUCACGAUCUCUCCGAGAGGCUGGAGGACUCUGUGCUUAAAGGCAUGCAGGCUUCAUCCAGCGGCGUGGUACGGGCAGAAGAAAAGCCGCUUCGUAAACGCCCAGCUACCAAAAACGGAAACACGUCUUCAAAGAAGAAAUGCUUCUGGACCGGCCUCGAGGACCUUGAGGACGUGGACAGUUCGGAAGGUGAGAGCAAUGAGAGUGAAGCUGAAGCUUCUUCCUCGUUCUCAUCUUCUGGCGCUGGCCCUUCCUGCAGCUCUCGGCAAGCAGCAGUACCGACAACGACAACUAGGGAGCAGGAGAAAGCAGAGUCUCAGGACCGACCUAGCAGCAGCAGUUCCAGCGUCGGCUCAGCGCCCUGCUCCCCGUCUCCCAGCCAGGAGAAAGCAGAGUCUCAGGACCGACCCAGCAGCAGCAGUUCCAACACCGGCUCAGCGCCCUGCUCCCCUUCUCCCAGCCAGGAGAAAGCAGAAGAGAACGAAGAACCUGGACAGAUGGAGUGCAGUGAAAAAGAAGACAACACGCAGAACGUCAGCAAUCAACAGGAAGCUGAGAAGGACAGAACUGUGGAGAUGAAAGAUUGCGCAGACACACAGCCAGUUCACCCAGAGGAAGCGGACACUCCAUUAAACAUGCUGUCUGUGAGCGGGGUGGAGGACCUGGAGGCUCUGGGUCUGGAGCGGCUGAAGGCCGAGCUGAUGAAGCAAGGGAUGAAGUGUGGAGGGACACUGCGAGAGCGUGCCGCUCGCCUAUACUCCGUCAGAGGACUGAGUGCUGAUCAGAUCGACCCGACGCUCUUAGCCAAACCCAGCAAGGGCAAAAAGAAAUAACCAGGACAUAUAGAACAUUCAAGAUUUGUUUUGUUUAUUUAACUCUUUUAUUCCCUUUUUAUCUUGUUAUAUGUAAUUUCACUGCCAUCUCCUUGCUUGCUUUAAGGCAGAAUGGAAAGGAGGCUUUCUGUCUGUUAACGUAACUAGGUGCCUUUAUCCUGAUACAGUAAUGUAAGAAUAAACGUGAUAAUUUCAUACUAAAGAGAAUCAUUUUAACGUUUAAGGGAAAUAAUAAUGGAAUGGUUUUUGUUCAUUUUCUGCCGAUUGGGCUAUUAAACUAUGUACACUUGUGUGUAUUUUUGUUUAACUGUUACUUGUAAUACUGUAAAUAAAGCUUGGAAAAAUUACAGAAAGUAGAUUUUUCUCUUCUCAAAUGUCCUGUAUGUU